AUGUUUGCCAAAUCUCUUAUCGCGCUUCUUUCUACCCUUGCCCUCGUCACCGCGGUCCCCAACCCCGUUCCUCCGCCCGCUCAGCAAGAACGAAGGGGUGUACUUCCAACAUCCUGGCAUCACCCUCGUGAUCACCCAGUUGCUGCCCUCUUCCGUCGUGGCCCAGAGGACUUGCCUGCCGUUGGAUCCGAUGCCUGGCGUGCCAAAUUUGCCAACCUGGGGCAAAACCCAGAGGCCAACAUCCCCCAAGCCUGGCUGGAUGCCCUCCAUCGUGCUCAAGCAGCAAACUUGAUCCCGAACAUCCCACUUGCUACGUCCCCAGAUGGUGGCUCAACCGCCGUCUACCCACCUGGGGUCAAUGGUGGACAAGAGCCCAUUUGCAGCUCCCAAUUCCAAUGCCGCCACACGGACGAUAUCUGGGACGCUCCAUCGGGCAUGAUUGGCCUCAGUGUCGACGACGGUCCAGUUAGCUUCCCCGAUGCCAGCCCAAGGCUCUACGAUUUCCUCAGGACCCACAACCAGAAAGUCACUCACUUUAUGAUCGGUGCCAACAUUCUCAAUGCACCGACAAUGUUCAUGCGAGCCUUUGAGGAGUUGGGUGAUGAUAUCGGUGUGCACACUUGGACCCACAGGCACAUGUCCCUCCUCUCCAACGAGCAGCUCGUCGCCGAGUUGGGCUGGACAUUGCAGAUUAUUUACGAUAGUACCGAGGGCCGUGUUGCCAGAUACUGGCGUCCGCCCUAUGGUGACUGCGACAACCGUGUUCGUGCGAUAGCCAAGCACGUCUUUGGUCUUACAACCGUCAUCUGGAAUCAAGAUAGCAGGGACUGGACCAUGGCUGCCAACCCACCCGGCACGACGCUUGCUCGCAUCCAGAGCGACUUUGCAAACUGGCUCAGCGGCCCGCGUACACCCGGUCUCGUCAUCCUCGAGCACGAAAUCACCGCGGACGACGUUACGGCGUUUAUCAACAUGUACCCUCUCAUCGCUGCUGCUAGCUCAUCGGGCCAGCCAUGGACUGCUGUCUCUGUGGCGCAAUUGUUCGAUGGCCACGUUGAAGGCGCUACCCUCAAUGGAACCGCCGUAGGCUGGUACCAGAAUGCCAAGGACAAUGAAGGCGACGUGGAUCAAGAGAUGGACGUGGCCGGUGGUAGCCCGACUACGUCUUCUUCUGCUGGCCACUCGAAUAGUACGACUAGCACAAGAACAGGAACGGCGACGGCGACUGCAACUUCUACGUCUAGUCACUCGACGUCUGAUGCGCACAAGACGUUUACGCUCGGCGGUGUCGCGGUCGGUGUGCUCGUCUUGAUCACGAGCGCACUCGCACUAUGA